UUGAUUUACCUUUCUCUCUCCUGUCUCCAGUUGUUACCAAGCCACCAUAUGAAAUCACAGAAACAGGAUGGGGUGAAUUUGAAAUUAUCAUAAAAAUUUUCUUCAUUGAUCCAAAUGAAAGGCCGGUGACUCUUUAUCACUUGCUGAAGCUGUUUCAGUCUGAUAGCAAUGUAAUGUUGGGCAAAAAGACAGUAGUCUCUGAAUUUUAUGAUGAAAUGAUUUUUCAAGAUCCUACUGCAAUGAUGCAACAGCUGUUGACAACAUCUCGACAAUUGACACUUGGAGCCUACAAACAUGAAACUGAGUUUGCCGAGCUUGAGGUAAAAACUAGGGAAAAGCUGGAAGCUGCCAAGAAGAAGACCAGCUUUGAAAUUGCAGAGUUUAAAGAAAGAUUGAAAGCAAGUCGUGAAGCAAUCAACUAUUUAAAGAGUGAAAUCAAAAAGAUAGAAGAUGAUGAUCAGGGAAAGGAAACUUAACUAAGUUGACUAGAAAUCUUUUGAGAAAAGCUUGAAACAUUUGCUGACAGCAGUUUUGCUGUUGAUAAAGCAAAAGCGUGAUGACUGGAGGUCACAUUAUUCAAUCAAAUUAUACUCUGGAAAAUCCAGAAGCAAUUGUUUUAAUUUGAAAUGAGCUUGAUUACAUCUAAAUUUGAGAGUCCCAUCUUGAACAAGCUUACUGUGUUGUCCCACAGUGAAGUGAAGGGAAAGGAUGUAGCUGUUUUGUAUAUGGACUUUUGUGUAAGCAUAUUUAUGCUUUAUACUUCAGGUGUUUGUUAAAGUUAAUUUUUAAAGCAUAUGUCUAAAUAAAUGACUUUUUUCUUUAA